UGCCAUUAUAAAGCCUUAACUCUGAAACUAUACUCGCAAGACGCAAGGUAAAUUUCAACUACUACUACUAUUUCUUGUGGUUGUGGACGCUUUUGAGUUUGACUUCACGUUAUAUUUGACUAGCAGUUUUUUCAACGCCUUAGAUUAGAAACACCUUCAGAGAGGUCACAUAUGUUUGGAAAGAUCUCAUGUUUUAAGAGAUAGAACAUUUUACUUCUGUGAUCAGCAGCACCAUGUCAUCAUCUAAAAGCAGUAACAAGAAACGAAGGCCAAAGAAGAAGAAGAGUAUUCCAAAUACAGAGUACCCAAAGAAGAUAGUUGAAGUUGCUGAGAAUAAAAAGGAGAAAGUUUAUGAAUAUUUAAGUGAAUGGCACAGUAACAGAUCUAGCUGGAAAUACAAAAAACUGUAUGAGAUUUGGCUUGUCAAGAAUUUCCUCAAGAAACCAAUGUUAGGAAAACAGUACUUUAAAAUUUUUCUUCUUUAUGUAGAGAACAUGAAAGGCUUUUCAAAGCAGAGAUGUCUGGAAAAGGUUCAAGCUAUUGUUUCCAGUAACGAAAGCCGUAGUGAGACCGACGAGUCUCCAAAAGAACGAAGUAUCAAGUUGAAGAGAGCAAAAGCUGUAUUAAGGGUCCUCCAAGAGGUCUGUCCUUUCUCAUCAUGUGCCCAGACUAUCUCAAUCUAUGAGAUGUCAGUUUUACAGCCACUGGAUGCCCACAUCACCAAAUCCUCAUAUGAUCUGCUCACUUUACUUUGUAUGCUCAUAACUUCUUCAAAUCACCUGUUUUCCUUGUCAGUGCUUAUGUUUCUCCUGCAGAGUAGUAUAGGCCUUAUCCACCCAUCAUAAGAGUGCUCUUCUCUACUAAUGGGAUACAGUAUACUUUUAUUUGCCAGUACAUUAGUGCGGCUAUCUCUCCCCGGUUCAUCCAUGCUCCAACUAUUCUGAUUUAAAAUUUGCUUCCAAGUUAAAGUCAUGAAUUCUUUGCUUUAUCUUGGACACUCAUGGAUAAAUUAUAGCAUUCUUCAAACUAUAAAGGCAUACUUAAGUAAUUUUGAUCACUUUUUGAAUUGACCACACCAGUUAGACCCAACAGAUGCCUGAUGUAUAGCCUACAUGAUCCAGUCACUGCAUGUACAGUAUGGAGGUUAACACUAACAGUAAUACAUAACAUGUAAAGGCCCAGGCCUCCACCAGCAGCUUAUGACAAGUUUUGGAGUGAAUGUUAUGAAUAUUUUGUUAGCAUUUGUUGAAUUAUUAGAAUUUUGAAGAAUUGUAAGUUUUAGAUAAGAUUGAAUAUUAGAGACUCACUGGUAUGAUUGAAGUACAUACUUAAUAAUAAUGGCUGUGCAGAAAUGCAGCCAUUUAAUGGGACAGGCAUAGGUACAUGUUAGCAUUGUUUUCAUAGGCAGUAUUUUUUGUACUAUCAACAUUCUAAGAUCACCAGGAAAAGAAUGCAGCAGUGUCAGAUGUCUAAAAUUUUUGCCUUGUCAGAGCUUGCUCAAGUAAAAAAAAAAAAUUAUUCAUUUGAACAUAUUUGCAGUAGAAAUGACAAUUUUUGGCCACUGCUGCAAAACCUCACUUCCCUGACAUGCAGAUCAAUCUAAAACAGUAACAUUGGUGCUCACCUCAAGCAACCAGUCGCUGGAGAUCAUUGAUAGCCCAGGGAAUAGCCAAAGCAGAUAAAAUCUCCCCACCACCAUCUUUACUCCCAGGUCAAGUAAACUGUUUAUAACAUUUUAAGAUAUUUCAUAUUAAAGAAAAAAGCUGCUAGAAAUUAUCCUAUUGUUAAGAUGGAAGGUUUGUUUGCGUAUGAACAAUUAUUUUUCUCCACUAAAUGAUAAGCAGCUUAUUUAACCUGCAGAGGCACUGCAAAAGUACAGUCAUGUAACUCAUAAAUAAAUGGAUAUGGACAAUAAUCAGAUGGCUUGAAAAGCCAUUCCUGCAGAACCAUCCACACAUUAUGUUAUUAUUAUACAAACUAUAAUUAUUAUUUCUAAAAAGCACGGAAAGAAAGGAAAGUCAUUAAGAACCAAAAUUUAUUAGACAAGGGAUUAACCUCGAGGGUGGGGUUUAAAAUUAUAAUAGAUCUAGCAGCGCUGUAUUUUUCUCCUGGGCCCACCCUAGCAAUCUUAGAAUGUUGAGCAGACUACAGUAUUUCCUGCAAUUUUGUCAUUUUUAACACUAAUGUGGUACAAUGUAUGUGCUUAUCCAGAUUUACCAUGUCAUUUUACGUACUGUUUGGCUUCGUAUAUAUUGUUGAUUAUUGUUUUUGUUGAAUUUUGCCACAUUCUCCAUAUUGAGAACUUAUCAUUACUAUGCACUGGUGAUUUGCAACCAGCGGUGGAAGUGCAUUGUUGCUCAAUCAAGAUUUAUCAUUUUUGUAACCAUGUUUUAAUUCGUGCUAUCCUUACCAGAUUAUGUUUCCUUAGUUUCUAAGGCUUAUUAUUGCAGUUACCCUUAUAACUAAGUUGUUCCUGUGGAAUUACAAUCGCCUUUUGUA